CCUCUGAAGUGGAUUCUUGAUCAAUGAAAGAGAGAGGGAGAGAGAGCAGAGAGGGGUGUCUGCGUGUGUAUUUUCAGCCACAGCUGUUGAGCUACCCCACGUACGUGCUCAAACCUGGAGAGGCUCGCAGAAAGCAAAGGAGCAGACCGUCCGUCUCUUCGCUCUGCAGAGGCGUGUGUAAAACCCAUCGGCUCCCGGAUUUGACUCCAACUUUUAUUUAUUUUUUUGUUUGAUUUUUUUUUUAUUAUUAUUUUAUUUUUUUCCCCCGCAAGCCAGUCUCUUCCUAGUCGCAGUCCCUCGAGCGUUUGGAAUGACCACUUUUCCCGCCUGCGUCGUUUCCAUGUCAGCAUGGGAACUGCCGUGUCCAAAAGGAAGAAUCUGAGAAACGAUGCGAUAUCUUCCGUGGCAGCAAAAGUUAGAGCAGCGCGAGCAUUUGGAGAGUACCUGUCCCACACACACCCUGAAAACCGAAACGGAUCAGCUCACCUUCUGUGCGAAACCUCGGUGGGUCCAGAUCCUGAGUUGCCAAGUGACACGAUUGGAGUCAACAAUAACGUUCACCUCCCUCCCUGCUCUUCUUCUAAAAGCUGCUCGAACAAACCCGACCCUAUCCUGGCAAAGGAGAAGCUAGGCCUAAUCCAGCCUCCUCUCCCAUCCAUUACCAUUUCUACCAAGCCAACUUGCCUGUCGCUCGCAGCAGAGGAAGACCAGAAGACGUCCGAGUUCACCCGUGUGUACACCAUCACCUCCCAGCACGGUAUGCUGAUGAGCAGUGGCCGAGGCAGCAAAGAGAGCCUAGAACUGGACAUCCUGAAGGAAAAGUCGAGGAGUGGAGGGGUAGGGUCUAAAGGUGGCCCAAUCCAGCCCUCCACUUCCCCAUCCUCCGCCUGCUCAUCUCCGACACAGUACAUCCGCUCGAGCGGCAGUCGUGGCAUCAGCAGCUGUAGCCACGCCCACCACGGCAAUCACCACCACCACCACGCCGCCGUCUCCGGAACGAACGCCUCCUCCAGCAGCGGUGGGAUCAGCGGGGCAAGCGCAUGCAGCAGUAGCUACCAACAGCAGCAAGCGGUUGCAGGGUCUCACUCCCAUCACGGGUCCCACCACCACCCCCAUCAUCACCAUCACCUAUCCCAACCACCGCUGCAGACCUCGGUCAGUGCCCAGAAUAUCCGCACCCUUGCCGAUGGUGGGAAAGGGGAAGCGGAGUGCAGCGGGCUGGCUUGCGACUCGUGCAGCGGUGCCCCUUCGCGUAGCCAGGGGUCGCUGGACCUGGAGAGCACGUCCCGAGAGGCAGGCAAGCAGCACCGACGACUAGAGCGGAUGUGGAGUGUGGACCGGGUGACUGGGCUGGAGAGAGAGGAGACCAACUGGUUCCCCAAAGAAAACAUGUUCUCCUUCCAAACAGCCACAACAACAAUACAGGCGAUAUCGAACUUCCGGAAGCAUCUUCGGAUGGUGGGCAGCAGAAGGCUUAAAGCGCAGACAUUCGCUGAACGUAGAUCGAAGAGUUUCAGCCGGUCCUGGAGUGACCCCACCCCAGUCAAGACUGACUCUCCUCAUGAGGCAAAAGACAGUGGAGACCUGCAGACCUCCACUAACGCCCUGGAGGACGGGGCCCUUGAAGAUGCCCUAGACUGGGAGGAGGAGAAAGAGAUGGAGAGGCUGGCCUGUGAAGGGGAUGACUUUGUUCCUCCCAAAAUCAUGCUGAUCUCCUCUAAGGUCCCUAAAGCAGAGUACAUUCCCACCAUAAUCCGCCGGGAUGAUCCGUCGAUCAUCCCCAUCCUCUAUGAUCACGAACAUGCAACUUUUGAUGACAUUUUGGAGGAAAUAGACAAGAAGCUUACAGCAUAUAGGAGAGGAAGCAAAUUCUGGAGGAUGCUUAUCUUCUGUCAAGGAGGCCCUGGUCAUCUUUAUCUGCUCAAGAACAAAGUGGCAACCUUUGCUAAGGUGGAAAAAGAAGAAGACAUGAGCCAAUUCUGGAGGCGAUUGAGUCGCUUCAUGAGUAAAAUCAACCCGGAGCCAAACGUGAUCCACAUCAUGGGAUGCUAUGUUCUGGGAAACCCCAAUGGAGAAAAGCUGUUCCAGAAACUGAAGAAUCUGAUGAGGCCAUAUUCUGUUGAGUUUGAGUCACCGCUGGAGCUGUCUGCACAGGGCAAAGAGAUGAUCGAGAUGUACUUCGAUUUUCGCCUCUACCGCCUUUGGAAGACACGCCAACACUCUAAACUCUUGGACUACGAGGACCUUUUGUGACAAAGACACGCAGACAAAGAGCGCAGCGGUAGCCCAACAGUGCCAAGAGGACACUGCUAAAACUGAUCCAGUGACUAAACAUAUCCUAACUAUCAAGUUUGGGCUGUCAGCUUAAAAAAAAUAAAAUGAAAAAAAUUACCUGCUUUCAUGCUGGAGAGGGCUGGAAGAGGAGGAAGAGCAGCAGCAGGACAAUGACGAUGAUGAGUUGUAGAACAAUGAAGGAAAUGUGGGGAAAAAAACUUUCUAUACAAAAAAAAAGAUAAACCCCAACAAAGCUGAACUCUCCAUAUCAAAGUUGUCAAAGUUUUCGUUUUCUUUACCUUUUGAGUUUCAAAAAUAUAAACUGACGAUUAAAAGUAUAUACAUAUACACUUUUUGUCCCACUGUUGUUGCAAUGACAUACUUUCUGGGGGCCUCGUGCUUCAGAUAAAUUGCUGUAACUCAUCCUGUCCCAAUGUGGUUCUGUGUUUUAAAACUCCCAGACUGACCCCUGAGACAUACAUAUACAUAGGUAAUGUUAACGUGUGUAUAGUUCACAUGAAUAUAUUAGUAUAGCCUUAGUCAUGCAAAUAAUACUCUAUAUUGGAUCAUCGUUUAUUUUUGAUGUGCAUCGUUGUGCAGUUUCAUAUGAAAAUACUUUGAAAUAACUCAGGUUUUUUGCCAUGAAUUUAAAGAAUCCGUCUAUUCUAUGAUAUUAUAAUAUUCAGCGCCAUUGCUUUGAAUGAAUGUAUCGUCUCUCUGGAGAUCUAUGGGAAUAUGAAUGUUUUGUGAGGAUAUAAAAAAAAAAAAAGUGUUGAGUGUGUUUUCCAUUGAAGAAAAAAAAAGUGUGCGUUUUCUCUUAAAAACACCUUUAAGCAAAAAGAAUAAUCGCCAGCAUUGCCAUAAAUAUCCCUUGGUCAUGUCUAUCCAAAAAAAAGGAUGACAGUCUAGUGUGAUUCAUGAUGUCAAAGGAUGUAACAGCCAUCCAAGGGCUCCUACAACGGCAGAGAAGGAGUUUCCCUAAUGAUCAAACCCUGUUCUUUUGCAGAGGGAUCAGUCCUAACAAUAGUACCGGCUACUCUGCUUCUGCUGAAAAUACUCUCGGUUUUCUCGGAGUAGGAGCCAAACGAGCCUCCAGCGCCUCUAACUUUACCCGGGCUUCAUUCUAGAGUGAGGACCAGAGUUUUUUUAGCAACGAAGGCGUCUGCCAGAAUAUGAGGCUGUGAGCAGAUACAUGCCUGGUCUUUCGAUGAGGUAACAUCCGUCAGACAGAUGCACUCUUUGGCAAAUUCAGCAGCUCCAGCUGUUUCAGACAGACUAAACAAGGCCUGGUGCCCGUAAGACGCACACAUGCAUGUUAGGGCUGGGACCAAAAAUACAUUUAGAGACAAAGUUAGAAGGGCACAGGUACCACAGCCUAUACAUAAUUCAGCUGGUGUGCUUGUUAUGAGCACGGCUGCUAGUGGAAACAUGGUCCUGAUAGCCGCUGCGGCUCGGGGGGGUUUCUGAAGGAAAUAACGCAGAUGUCAUUUCAGCGCCGGCUUUAGACUCCAUAUUCAUUCCGAUUUAUUUGUGACAACGCUGGUUUUGAGGACAUGUGUGAGAGCUUAUCGACCGUAGGCAGAGAAGGACAGAUGACAGUGGUGGCAUGUGAAGCAGAAAGUGAAGGAUAGAGGUAGAAUCAGUAAUUGGUUAAUUAGGCUAGAGUGAAACCAAUUAAAACCCAGUUACACUUGACACCUCACCUCUUUGUGAAAGUGUAGAUGCUGUUACCUUUACAGCCCUCAAGUUUAUAUAUAUAUAUAUAUAUAUAUAUAUCACCUGACAGUCUCCAAAGGAAGCUGAUAAGAAAUCUGUCUUUUUUUUUUUAACCAAGGAAAAUAGUAAAGAAAUGAACUCUUAUCUUUGAGAGGGCCAUAUAUUUACAGUACUGCUCUUGGCACCUCUGGCAGAAAUCCUUAAAAUGAAUCCAGCUUUUAUUGCAGUUACAUAAUCUUUAGAAACAUCCUACCUUUCCGUUUAAGAAAUAUAUUUUUUAUUUUUUUUAACAAUCCUAGGUGCUACACAUAGUGGUACUCAUGCUGUAAGUAAUCUCUUUAAAAAAAAAUCAUAAUACCGAUGCAUACAGAGCAUAUUCCGAAUUCAAACUUUGAGAUUAUGCUGCUGUAAUGAAAGAUGGAUUUAUCAUAAGGCUUUUUAUACAACUUCAUCCCAAGAGCAAAUAACAGUGGCAAGUGCCAUAAUUGAUUUCUAAGUAAAUGUUAGCGUUAGAUAGAAAAAUAUAGAUAAUUUCCAUUGCAAGUUUUAAAUGAACUGCUGUGCAGGUGGGAAAGCUUGGCUAUCAGUAUAUAUUAACAGACACCGGGCUAAAUCCCUAUAUGCCUGUUAUUCUUCAAACUCUAGUAGAUUGCAAUGUAUACAUAAUAAAAUGUUAUAUAUGGGGGACAGGAACAGACAAAUCAAAUCCCUAAAAUAACCGUCAGCGGCCUUGAUUUUUUUUAAAAAAGUGGAUGUUGGAUAUUGACAAAGCUAAAUCUGGCUUCUGGAGUCUUGUUUUUUUGUUAUACGUCAGAGCAAACAGUCGCUGUCAAAAUGUUUAAAGUAAUGUUCAAUUCAAGAUCUUCAAGAGGCCACGGUGCAGAGCUCAGCCAAUCAGAGCAGUUGCACAAUGACCACCGAGUCCCGGAAAUCUGCGAAAGUUAAAUCAGUGUAGUUAAGAGUUAGCAGAGAAAUGACUUAAGUGGUCAUAGCUUUGAAUAACACACACGAGACAAAGUGUCUAUGUCAGCUUAGUCUAAGUUUUUCAUAUGCUUUCUUUUGUCAAUAUAUGUGGAUUUGUUAGAAUUUCAUACUGUGCUGAAACCAUUUCUGAGUUGGAAUCUCUCUAAAUGAUUAUUUUUAUUAUAAUUUCCUAUGUGUUUGCUGUGUCUGACAUUGCAGUCCUGGCCUGUUUCUCUAGAACAGCCAAGUGCUCUCUUCUCCUCUCCUCUCUUCUCUCUCUCUCUCUCUCACCGCCUGAGUCACGUAAUAUGUUUUCACUACAGAUUUAAAAUUCAGCAGUUACACAACCUGUCAUCUCACAGAGCCAUUUUAAUUCCAGCAAAAGCACCGAGCUGCCAAAUUCUCAAAGAAGUCGCCCUAAACAGCUGCUGGGUUUUAAUGGGAUUAUUUUUUUCAGAGCUUUCACCUCAGCAUAAUUUUCCGCAUCAGAAACACGGCAGCCACGGGUUAUUUUAGUCAAAAAAAAAAAAAAAA